UGCAGUUUUUACCAGUAGUAUUUUAUGCUGGCUUGAGGUGUCAGGAAUAAAUUUGUUGUUUCAGUGAAAAGAGAGAUGAUGUUUUUAUCACAACUUUCAAUUGAUAUGUAACAAAUUGCAUCAUUGCUUAACGCCAAGCUUCUACUCUUUCUCAUACAGUUGCUUUUAAAGAAGGCAAACCUAGUGACCUUGAACUAAAUGAUCUGGCGGGAAAGAUUUGUACAAAGUGGCAGAAGCUGGGACUUCGCCUGAACAUUAGUCAGAAUGUACUGGACGAAAUAAAGACUAAUGAAGAAGAUAGACCAUAUGAGAUGUUACUUCACUGGAGAAACACAACAGCUUCGGCUACACUUUAUCGUGACCUCUACUAUGCUUUGUGUCAUCAGGGAGUUGGUCUCAAUAACGUGGCCAGAGAAUUUUGUGUUACUGAUUCAGAAGCAUCUGCGGAGGACAUUCUUGAUGUGAAAUCCUGUCGAACUAAACUGGCAGAGCAUUACAAGAGAACCGCCACAGUGCCCACCUCUGCCUGGUCUAAAAAAUCCCCCGUGGACUUUCACCAGAUCUACACUCGACUGUCCUGGGUGAAUGAGGAACAAACCCCUGCUGGGUCAUCACGGUCUGAACUGGAACGUUACACGGAUCUGUUCGCUGCCAACAAGAAUGGUGUUGUACCAAAGAGAAUACUCGUGCAAGGGCAGACGGGUAUUGGGAAGAGCACUUUCGUCAAGAAACUGGCUGUGGACUGGGCUGAACUUGAUGACGCGACAACUGGAGACAAACAGAAAGAUAUCCUGAAGACUUUCGAGCUUUUAGUUGUCGUUAAUCUUAAAGAAGUGUCAAAAUGCCAAAGUCUCAAGGAUGUUAUAAGUCGCUCAUUUAUUUUCGCUCGGGAGGAGAAAUAUCUUACAGAUAGCCUGCUGAAUUACAUCACCAACAAUCAAGACAAGGUUUUGCUGGUGUUUGAUGGAUAUGACGAAUAUCGCUGCGGAAGCAACUCUGAAAUCUACGAGAUAUUCAGAGGAAACGAACUGAGGAACUGUUGUGUCCUGAUAACAACUCGAAUUUCCAAAGCUGACGAGCUACGAGCGUUUAAAGACAUGCAUGCUGAGAUCACCGGGUUUAGUGAAGAGGACAGAGAGGCCUUUGUGUGCAGAAUGCUUGGUGGCAAAGCAGAAACAUUAAAGCUGUUCCGUCAUCUUUCGGUGAAACGUCUGAAGGACCUAGCGAGAGUUCCGUUGCUACUUCUUUUCUUUUGCACCUUAUGGAAAAAGGGCAAGUCGAAGAGCUUUCCUGAAAACAAAACAAAAUUGUAUUUGGCGAUUGUCCAGUACGUUUUGGAUCACAAUCAAGGGAAACAUUCUCCUGCUCGCUUUGGCAAAGUUCACGAUUUCAAAGAGGUCCUCGCAGAAAUCGGAAAGGUGGCCUUAGAAUGUCUUUUGAAGGACGAUCAUGUGUUCGAGUAUGAUCAAUUGUCUGAUGCCGUUCUUUGUGACGAAAGUCUCAUUACUGGCUUGCUUCAAGUUACCGAGUACGCAGAAAAUCUUCGACCAGCAGGGAGGGUAUCCUUCAUCCACAAGAGCAUUCAAGAAUUUUUGGCAGCGUGGUUCAUCUCUUCCAGAUGUGUCCCUGAAGGAAAUCUCGGUGGAAUUGAACAGCACACACGUACCUUGGAGAAUUGUAAAGCCUGGGAAAAUGUUUUCCAGUUCGUUUGCGGUUUGUCUGACGAUGGAGCAGGGAACGUUUUUCAGCACUUAGCAUCAGUCAGGAUCUCUGAUCCAACACUGGAUUUAUCAAAGACAAUACCAGAUGUAGGAAGCGAGACAGACGAGCCACUGUGUGACGUCACUGGCAGGCAUGAGAGUUUCAGAAACUUGGUUGACGAUUCUUUCAAAGAAGUUCAAUCAAAAGCUGCACUGGCGAGACAUUGGUUGGAUUGCUUAGCUGGUGUCAUCCUGAUUACCCCUACAAGGCCAUUUCCUGAACAUAUACUAAAGAUGACAAUUCUAAAUGAAGAUUCUUCCUGUAAAGCUUUAUUUUUUCACGAUGCUCGUUAUUGUCGUUUAUUUCGUGGUGAUGACAGAGACUGGAUGUCAAGGCUAUAUGGGGUGCUGGAGGUUUUCGAUUGCUUACAUGUCCCAAUGAGAAUAACCGAGAACUCUGCUGCUGUCUUGAUUGGAGAUUUUUUAACGCAGUUCAAGACUGUUGAAUGCGAAAGGUGUUGUUUUAAUUGUGUCAUUCGUGUCCAUAAUAAGAAAGCUCAGUUUUACGUAACAGGGUUAUGGCUGUACUGUGAUAACCAUGCGAGACUGUUUACUGAGACUAUUACCAUUUCUACUCCAUCUUGCUCCGAAAUUUCGUGUUCAAAACAGUCAUGUUUGAAAUUCUUAAGAUCUCUUGACUGUAAUGAAAUUGUGAACGCGCAGACAUUGAAAGAUCUUGGUGCAGUUAUCAGAAACUGUAAACAAUUGAAAACCAUUGAAUUUGGUAAAUGCGGAGAAGGUAUGCGUGAACUGCUGGAACAAGUACCAAAUCCCAGCACGUGCUAUGUGAACAUUGGUGGUCCACUGUCACAGGGNGCCAAUGAGUGA